AUGGCGGUGCCAGUGGUUCGGUUUCCAAUAUUUCCGGUGGUGAGGAUAAUCGGAAUCGCGGUAACGGCGUUGGUUCUAACCUGGACUGUGCAUUACAGAGGUGGCUUGGCUCUAAUUUCCGAUAACAAAGAUCUAAUUUUCAAUGUCCAUCCUGUUUUAAUGGUGAUUAGUCUUGUACUUCUGAAUGGUGAAGCCAUGCUGGCCUACAAGACUGUCUCAGGAACAAAAAAAUUCAAAAAAUCAGUUCAUCUGUGUUUGCAAUUCUUGUCAUUCUGUUUGAGCGUCAUUGGAGUAUGGGCUGCUUUGAAGUUUCACAAUGACAAGGGUAUUGACAACUUCUAUAGCCUUCACUCUUGGCUCGGCUUAGCCUGCCUUUUCUUGUUUGGAAUCCAGUGGGCUGCUGGAUUUGUUACCUUUUGGUAUCCCGGUGGUUCAAGAAACAGCAGAGCUAGUCUGCUGCCUUGGCAUGUAUUUUUUGGUGUUUAUAUUUAUGCUCUAGCUAUCGCUACUUGCACCACAGGUAUUUUAGAGAAAGCGACAUUUCUUCAAACAAACAACAUAAUAUCACGCUAUUCGUCUGAGGCCUUGGUGGUGAACUCUCUUGGUGUAUUAAUAGUUGUUUUGGGUGGUUUUGUUAUUCUUGCUGUUGUCUCUCCUGUGUAUGGCAAAGGUGACAUUAUAAGAGGAUCUAUAGAGUAG